AUGGAGCGUUGGACGCAGGUAAGGAGAAAAAAAACUCCGGCGAAUCACCGAUUUCGAUCGGAUGAAACCAGUUUUUUCGUAUCAAAUAUUCCCACAGGGGCCACAAAAGACGAGUUUCGGAGAAUCUUCAAUGCCUUCGGCAAACUAACAGAUAUCUACUUUGGGGGUAGAAAAGGAAAGAAUGGCAAAAACUUCGGCUUUAUCAGAUAUAGUGGAGUGGAGGACAAGAGGAUGCUUGAGGCAAAACUGAAUGGUACAAUAUGCAGGAGUUGUAUGUUGGAGAUAAACAUUGCAAGACAUGAAAGGGCGCCGCCAGAGACAAUCAACAGAAAAACUCACCCACCGACCCAUGCCAAGACCAAAGUUGGUGGAGGCUUUGUUGGUAAUAGAUCCUAUGCUGAAGUUGCAGGGGGUAAUGUCGGAACUGAAAUACCUCUAAACCAGGCUCCGAUUCAGCUACAUGUGGAUGACAGGGUGAUGAGAUUGGCCACAGGGAACUGCCUCAUCGGUGAAGUAAAAACACUAGAUCACCUUGGUCAUCUGCUUGCGUUGAUGUCCAUUUUCAGUAACGUCGGGGUGAAAGUCAAAUAUGCUGGAGGAAUGAAGGCCAUCAUCGCGUUUGAUUCUGAGUCCCUAGCAACUAGCUUCUUGAAUAUUGAAGAAAACUGGAAAGGUAUAUUUAACUACUUAAAACCUGUGGGGGAGGUCGAUUACGAUUUCGAGAGAGUAGCUAGUAUACAGAUUGUGGGGCUUCCCAUUCGGCUAUGGUGUGAAGAAAACUUUUCUACAAUUGUCCGGAGAUUUGAUAAUGAAGUACAACCGUGUGAACCUGAGACGGACUAUGUAACCUCGGAGGAAGAUCUAGACGACGAGGUUGAUGAUGUAUCGGGUAACGACGAAGAUGGUAUAUCAGAUACAUGGAUGGGCGAUAUAGAAGAAGGUGAGAUAGUCAUUGAAGAAUCAGUUGACGGUGCCGAAAACAGCGGAUGUUCCGAUGACCAUAGGACAAUGAAGAUCAGUCCAGUUCAAGAGUCGCCGGUGGCUUCGGUAUCUCAACAGUCACAUGCAUGCCCCAGCGCAGAGGAAGCGGAAACGUCGCAUGGGAAAAAGAAAGAAGUAAGUAUAGUUGACGAUCUAAAGGAGACACGUGAUAGCAAAAUUAAUGAACCAGGCCAAGUAGCAGGCAAUGGAAAUGAAUCCAGUGGACCUAUCGUGGAGCAUUCUGUAUUGGGCCUUCAUAAGCCCAUUCCCUUCCCCUCAAACCUUGCGCAAUCUGGCUGCUUUGGCCCGUUCCCAUCUAAGGCGAUUAACUCACCAUCUGAUACCCAAGUGAUCCAAAUACGGGAAAAUGGAAUGGGUCGCUCUGCAAAGAAAAGAUGUCGCUCUUGCAGUAAAUCGCCAUCAGUUGAGUUUUCAGGUCUUCCGGUACAAAAUUUGUUCAAUGAAGAUGAUGACCAAACCCCAUCGGUUGGACAUCAAUGCCUAAGCAGGGAUCAACCAAUCUCCCCCACAGCGUAUGGCCCUAAAAAUGUGCCAAAGAUCUCUGAAAUAGAGGCUACAGCAGAAAUUGGAGCAAUGAUUGGAUUUGAAAUUGAUGCUGCGAACAAGUUGUUGGCUGAAAUUCUUGGUGGAAAUGGUGAGCUCCAUGUACCCCAAUGA